ACAGGAGCAUGUUCUAUAUUUAGAUUCAUAGAUAUUUUUUUCGUCGCAACGAACUGCUGUUUCAACAAAAAAAGAGACUAAAUCAAUUGAUUGGUAAAUCAGACAAUAAAAGGUGGUUGGGUGAAGAUGGCUUUAGAUAUGAAGUUAAAGUCAAGCUAUCUUGAGAUCUUAUCUCAAGGUAUAGAGGAGGUUUGGCAGGACGAAUCUUUCACUGACGUUGUGAUCAAUGUUGGAACAAAAACAUACAAUUGCCAUAAGUUGAUACUGUCCUCACUUUCAGCAUAUUUUAGUGCAAUGUUUAGAUCAGGGAUGCGAGAAACACUGAAUGGAACUGUCAACUUACAAAAUAUUGAGGCAGACAUUUUUGAGGCAGUUUUGAAAUUUAUGUACACUGGCGGUAAUGUGAUAACCAAAGACAAUGUACAGCAUUUACUCCAUGCAGCAGUUAUGUUACAGGUCAAAUGUCUUCAAGAACAGUGUGAAUCCUACCUCAAAAAGUGCAUAGGGCCAGAAAACUGUCUUGGUAUCUGGAAUGUGGCUUCUAGUCUGAACUGCUCAAAACUUAUCAAAAAGAGCUGGACAUAUAUCCUUGAGUUCUUCCCUACGGUAUUAAACUCAGAGGAAUAUGGACAAAUCUCCGCUGAUGAUCUCAUAACAAUAAUCAAUGAUGAUGACUUGAACACACCCUCAGAGGAGGCAGUCUGUGAUGCUGUUUUAAAAUGGGUCAACAUUGAUCCUGAAUCAAGAAGACAGGAAUUAGGAAAACUGCUCAGAAAUGUUAGAUUUCCUUUAAUUUGUGUAAAAUAUGUCAAAGAAUUGAACACAAAUGACUUGAUUAAAAAUAACGCUGACUGUCAGUCAUUACUUGAAGGCAUUUAUGAGUAUCUAACUACCAAAGAUAAUGACAUGUUGAGUGUGAAUUAUUUGUCAGAGAUGUCUCGUAAUUGCCAACAUAGACAAGAAGAGAUGAUGUGUGUAGUUGGUACCCGUAGUCGUCAUCCAAAUCCUCAGGCAACAGAAAUCAAAUGUUUUAGUUUUCGACGUGAUGCAGAAUAUAUAUUAGCCGAACUACCUACUGAACCUGGUGCAUGCUUCGCUGUUUGCAAGUGUAGGGACAAUGUUUAUAUCUCAGGGGGUUAUCAUGGACAGAAUCUUGUUCUACAAUUUGUGUCAAGUGAUAACAGAUGGCAGCACUGUAGCCCUAUGCUUGAAGGUCGUUGGGGUCAUUCACUGGUUGAAGUUGAUGGAAAAAUUUAUGCUGUUGGUGGAAGCACAAAAAUUUCACAAACGCUUUGCAGCAUUGAGUGCUAUGACCCAGUUUUGAAUGAAUGGAAAUUAGCUGGUGCUCUCAAUAUACCAGUGUCAUUUAUGCCAACUGCAGCAAUAGGAAACAGAAUCUACGUGUUUGGAGGGAAGUUGGGAGAUCGGACAUUAACAACUAAAGUUCAAUGCUUUGAUAUCAAAAGAAGAAUGUGUUUCAUUAUUGAAGAUAUGCCUCUUAUGGCUUCAACUGCAAGUAGAGUUGCUGUUGUUGAUGAAGCAGUUUACAUAUUCUAUCGCCAUGGUGAUAUUGUAGAAUUCAAAGUAGGUUCCUCAGUUUCAGUUGUUGGGAAUAUGCCACAUUUUGAUCACUAUGGCGUGAUUCCUCAUGAAGGACAGAUUUUGAUAGUUGGUUGUCAAAGUAACCAAUAUUCAACAGUGAUGUUCAAUCCUGUAACAAGGGAGAUGACUCCCUAUAGCAGGACAGUGAAGGCAGCUUUAUGUAACUUUUACUGUAUGCCAAUUGUUAUGAGCAAACAACAUAUCAAGGCAGAAUCUGACCACCAGUAGCAUGGCUAAUCUAUCAAAUCAAAAUGAUUGCAAUACUUAUGAAUAUUGGUGUGCAUCUUUGUCCAUUAAUAGUGAUCUAGUCCUCAUUAGCCCCCUAUGGUUCAUUGGAGGUAUUAUAGUAUUAUAGGUUUGCCGUCUUUCAGUCUGUCUGUGUGUCUGAUUCAUUCGUUUGGUCAAGGAAACAAUAGGUAUUGUAAUGGUAUUAUUUUAUUCAUACAGCAUUUACUGUUGGGUAAAAUGUGGUAUUGAUAAAGAUAAACCAUUUGUAGGAACACCAGUCUGCUUAAACAUGAUCCUGUUAUAAUUAAAAAAGUUCUUGGAAUAACUUGAUAAAUGGAUAGAUGGCGGAUAUGUACAUGAUUUUAGUUUGUUCCAAUGUGAAGUGUGGUUGCUAUGGCAAUUAAUAGACUAUAUACAUUUUUGAAGUCCUGUAGAUAUUCAAUUUAAACUUGUUACAAGAUCAGACUCAAAGCAAUAGCUUUUGAUUUCACAAGUUAUUGACCUUAUUCAAAUUGAAAAUCUUUUAAACAUCUACAUUUUCUUGAAUAUAUUUCUAACGCCAAUUGAGGCAUUUUAUAUAAACUUUGUACAAACUUCAUUUAUGUCAUAUUAAGUAAUUUGAUUUAUUCCUCAGUCAGAAUUUUAUCAUGGCAUUGUUCCAGUUCAUCUGCUUUAUACUUGGCAGAAAGUGGUCAUCUUGGAUUACAACAUAGAUUACUGUUUCCUCAAAGUCAUCUGCGAAAGUACAUUUGAUUAAGAUUAAGAUUAAGAUAAUUUUUCACCUUUAUAUCACUGAAGAGAAACCAUUUAUAUUCUAAAGAGAAACUGGAAUGUGUCACACCUGCAUGUAUCAUUUACAAGAAAUUAAUGAUUUUCAGCUAAGUUCUAGUCAUUAUUUAAAUUUUUGUUCCUUUUACUGUGGAAAGGCACUUUCCAGUAGAGGGGACUAUUUUUUACAGGACAAUAGUAUUAUUACUUUAUAUAUUUAAACUCCCAGCAAUAGCAUUACUAUUUUAUAUAUUUAUACAUUACAGCUUUUUUAAAGGCUAAUAGCUUUAAUAUCUUUAUGCAUAUUUCUCAGAUUAUUGUACUAUUGCUUUCCCUGGUCAGCUAUAGAGUGCCUUAUUUACGGAUAUUUUUUGUAUUAGAUAAUAAUAUAAAUGCAUAAAUGUAAGAUAUUAGUCAAUAAGCAUUUCAAAGGGCUUGAUAAAACUGUAAAAUUUUCUGCUGACCUAAUAUUAGUUCCUUUUGACUAAUAUUAAGGUCAUCACUCUAGUCAAAAUAGAAAGAAUGGGUUAACAAACUUUUUUUCAUUAAUUUUACAUUAGAUUUAAGUGAAGGUGCAAUUGGCCUGAUAUGUUAAAAACUUGUUUAAUGAUGUAGCGCACAGGCGCAUAAUAUACUUUCAAUAUACAUGUACCUUAUUAUAUGUGUAUAAACUAUAUACAGAAUCGCUGUAAUUAUAGUAUAUAAAUAUAUAACUACAUAUGGUCUAGUGCACUA